AAUGACGGAAAUAUGUUUUGGAAUUUGAGGUUAAAAAAUCUCAUAAUAUGAGAUUUUUAUUUCUAUAAAGAAAAUAAUUAAUUAAAGCUAUCUGAAAAAACUGAUGAAAUUGGCUUGAAUUUCUUUUAUUAUAUUUAAGACUUAUAUAAGAAUGGCGAACACCAUUUUGGUAAAGUUUAACCAGUUGCGGCUCUUGCCAACCGCAGUUUAUUUGCAAGCAAAUCGUACUACAACGUCGAAACAUUACAAUCCCAAAUUUAAGAAACACCGUAAAGAGAAGUUUCUUAAAGUAGAGUUACCCGAUUUUAAUGAGGAUUUUGAGAAUAUGUCGCAAGAGCGUGUGCGGCAAAAGAUGAAGGAGAGGGGCGUGGUACCUCCGAGGCCAUGGGUAGAGCGCCCAUUCUAUAUAUCGUCUACGGGUGGAGUUUUCGAGAGCUACGUGCCCCCAGAAGGCGACGGCAAAGCGUCCCUCGUCUCCACAAGUCGCGCGAAACAAGCCGUGGAGCUGAUCGAAAAAAAAUCCAAAUCAAUGAUGGCAAUACGCAAAAUAAAAUCCUUCGAUGAGGAUUUCGAUACGAAAGCCUUCUGUCAGACGGCGCAAGACAUAUAUAUAAAGGCGCACGAAAGUCUUGUUAGUAACGAUAAGAAAAUAUUAAGGACAUAUGUAACAGAAAAGGCAUAUCCGGAGUUCCGGCAUAAUACCGAAGGGAAGACAAUACGAUGGAAGUUUCUGGAAUCGUUAGAGCCGCCGAGGGUCGUGCAUGCAAGGUGUACAGAUGUUAUUAGCAAGGAGAAUAUAUUUGGACAGGUAACCGUUCGCUUCCACACUCGCCAGCAGUUAUCCGUAUACGAUCGUUUCGGCAGAUUACUCCACGGCAGUGAAAUAUUGGCAAAGGAUGUAUUAGAAUAUGUAGUGUUUGAGAAGCAUUUGUCCAACUUGUACGGAGUGUGGCGAGUUCACGAUAAGAUCAUACCGGAUUGGGCUCCACCAAAAGAUCCUUCGAAAUUAACUAUGAUAAUGCCGGAAGAAACGCCAGCUGUAGAAGCUGUGGAAGCUAAGGAUGAGAAAGAAGUAGCAAAGAUUGCUGAUAAGUAGGUGUAAAAUAAAAUGUUAGAUAGUAAA